CUCUUUUCUUCUCCUUUCUCUUUCCCCUCUUCACUCGGAGGAUUUUCAUUCCUGUCCCCUAUCCCGCCUGUCUGUCUCAUCAGCACUCCCCACCUCACUCCCCUCCACGCCUCCUUCCGUCCCUCCCCCACUUUACACCCACACUCACGCCUUCCCUCCCUCCUUUAAACGCCACCAUUCAAUCCACCGAAUAACCCCCCCUUCUACCCCGUUUAUUUCGAAAGUCAGCUCCGUACUUCCUCCUGCCCUUAACGCGGAUGGUCUCAGAUGGCGCCAGAUACCCGCCCCACGCUCGCGCCAUCGCCAUCCUCCUUUUCCCCCUCUAUUCCAUCCACCUCACUGUCGCCAUCAACACCGCCGCGCAUCCCCUCCUCUUCCUCUCCCGCCUAUUACCUUCACCUCACACGCUUCCUCUCUCUUUCUCUCCUCCUCCUUCUCUCCUCAACCAACGUCGCCCAUGCUGUCCAAUGCACCUCUCCUAGCUACAAUACCGAGGUCCAGCCCGGUCAAAGCACUGUCCUGACCUGGCAAGCAACCGGAAGUGACCUUGAGGCAUACAAUAGCCUCUCCGCAACCCUCUACUGCAUGGACAUCGACGGUUCCAAGGGCGGAAUCUGGCGUACCGCCGCAACUUUGUUCCAGGACCGCGGAUUGGCUGCAACACAUGGCCAAUACCAGUUCUCGGUCCCAAAUUGCGGUGCUCUCGCCAGGGAUGUUGCCAUCCGGAUCGUCGCCACCAACAAGGCCGCAAACAGCCGAGUCGAUACUGCGUGCUACUUCACAAUGAAUCCUCUCGCUAUCAUUAUACCGACCACGACCAGCAACGUCGUUGUCCCAACUACGACAGCUGCCCCACCCCCCGACAUAACCACAGUCGCACCGCCGGUCUCUUCAGGCGUGACAACAGGAACACCCACAACAAUUGCCACAACGGCCACAAUUCCGUCCAGUGGCACCAGCACCGCAACACAGACCUCAUCCACCUCAGGGACGAGUUUAACCAGCAUACCCAACCCUUCCAACAUACCCUUUCCUCCACUGCCACCUCUUCCACCACUCGAUGAUCCAUCAUCCACAUCCGAUGGGUCAGGCUCUACACAAGGCAAUACUCCUGGUAAUGGGCCUGUCAAGGACGGACCGGGCAGGACGAUCGGCGUGGCCUUGGGGGGUGUGAGUGGGAUGUUGGCACUUGUCCUCUUGGUCACACUCUUCAUCGUCAGACGGCGGCGGCACACGCGGUCAAGGGAACCUGGUCUCCUGGGUGGUAGUAAAGGAGGUGGCCAGUAUGGUGGGUUGGGUAUGAAGGAGAAAUUAAUGAUGAAAGGCCGUCGUUUGAAGGGCUCAAACAAGGGUCAAUCUGAACGAGAUUUCUAUCUGAUGAGGGACGACGACGAUGAUGAUGAUUAUAAUGACAACGCUUCAGAGACUUAUGACAGUGAGGUCGCGGCUGCGGUGGCCAAGCACAAGAAGCGCCACACCCUGGCGGAUCCUGAGGCGGGUUCCUCGGAGAAACAGUCAAGUGAAGCGGAUAAGCAAGGAGAAGCGACGGAGCCAAGUAUGCGGGGCCAUGAUCGGGACUCGACGCUGUCAUAUCCACCAAAUGCUUAUAUCGAUCGGUAUCUAUCCCCCUCAGGGUCGCACCAGUACAUGUAUACGGACGAUGAGUCCACCAUGUCCUCGAUGCGCUCAAGCUUCGAGUCCUCCUCGGUGGUACGGCAGUACUGGGCCGCAUCCAUGGCUGCUCGCACAGAACGUCGCCUCGAAGGGUUCCCUCCAUCCGUUAGCUACUCUGAGGGGGACUCGGUCUUUGGUGGCCAUCGAAGAACUCCUUCCAUGUCAUCUCAGUCCCGGAAAGCAGAUAUCCUGAGUAUGGAUGAUUCAUCAUUUACAGAGAGCUAUAUCGAUGGACCAAGGGUUGGAGCUGGAGCUGGAUCUGCGGCUGGGCCAUUGUCGUUCAAGGAGGGUAUGGUCAAGCGGCAUUACCGAAGCACGGUCAAUUCGGUACAGAGCUACAUCCGUCGGUCCAUGUCUAUGAGUCUUGCCAGCUUCCAGUCUGGAAUAUCUUCGACCGAUGACGAGGGCUGGCAUCGCGGACACGGAUACCGGUCAUCGAUCAACACUGAGUUUCUAGACCACCUAAACAUCAAGGCCCUUCGUAGCCAUCAGCACCAGCUCGCGUACUAUCGGCACUACUACCGCCAGAACCCAAGCCUAACAGCGAGCACUAUCGAUGAAACUCCCGUGAUGGGCGCUAAUGCCAAAACCAUGACAACGACGACGAGCUGGAGGACGAGUUCGGCGCCCUCGCUGACAUCGACAAACGAUCCGUUCCAGACGUUUGAUUCGAAUGAGAUCCUAGUAGAUCUGAGCCCGUUCUCAGAUCUGCACGCGGUCCAGACCAAAGACAACGAGAUGGAUCAGACCCUGCAGCCACCACCGAAGCUGUCUGUGGUAACAGCCGAGGAUAGGUCGAAUUCCUCUCUGCUUCGGUCGUUCCCGUCACCGCCUCUUCUGGAGCCUGCAGCUUCGCCAACGGAUUCCAAGGUCUCGUCGGCAAGAACCUCUGCGAUUUCUUCUCUGCAGUUGAAUGACCCACCACGUUCUCCACGAUAAGUUCUCUUCUGAAGAUACUAAAAAGAUAAUAAUCAAAAUAAUAAAAAAAAAAACAAUUGUAAAGAG